CAAUGGCGGAUAACGUAAUUAUCACCCUCGUUUAUACUUGGAUAACAUUUCAAAAGAUUCGUCUGGUCUCACCCACCAUGCUGUGUGGUCUUCGCUAUUUCUACUUCCAAUGAAACUCCCCUCUCUGUGAGCCAGCAAAAGGAAGAAAGGGAUUUUGUUGAAUGAAUUCUGAUUGCGGGUGAGAUGGAUUUGUCACGGUUUGGACGCUGGAAACUGGAAAGAUUGCUGAUUUAGCUGUGAAUCAAUUGGGUCCUCAUUUUCUCUGAUAGACUGUUGAAAGAUGACAUGUGUGUAAAGCCAAGUGUGGAGAGGGCUUUGGAGUUUGCAAAACCAUACUGUUUAUUGGGAGAAGUUUGAGAUGGGAGAUUCUCUAACACAGAAGACUUCUAGAAAAAACCCUAGAGAGACAACACUCAUCAAGAAACAAUGGGUUCAAUCAAUGUUUGUAGAAGAUGAUAUUCAACUGCAACCAAAGCAGGAUUCUUCUCUCUGUACCUUUUGCGUGAGUGGAAUUAACUGCAAAGCUGUUCGUCAAAAAUCAAAACUGAUGAAUAUUCUUGGAGAUAGUCGGAAACCCGAGGAAGCCCUAUCAGUUUUUGAUAGCUUGAUCGAGGGAGGUCAUAAACCAUCUCUAGUAACAUACACCACCCUCUUAUCUAUUUUAACAGCUCUGAAGCGCUUUAGCCACGUACAUUCAAUUAUCUCGCUUGUUAAAGAAAGUGGAAUGAAACCGGAUUUACCUUUCUUUAAUGCUGUUGUUUAUGCAUUCUCGGAAGCUGGGAAUGUGAAGGAAGCUAUGAAAACCGUAUCAGAGAUGAAGGAGAGUGGGAUAAAGCCUUCUACCACCACUUUAAACUCAUUAAUCAGAGGUUAUGGGAUUGCUGGAAAGCCCGAAGAAUCUCUCAAAAUAAUGGAGCAAAUGGUUCGAGAGGACAACGUAAAACCGGAUGAAAGGACUUUUGGCACCAUCAUAUGCGGAUACUGUAAAGAAGGAAAAGUAAAGGAUGCUUUAAAGUUUGUGUACUGGAUGAAGGAUUUUGGAGUGCAUCCUAAUGUUAUCAUUUUCAAUACACUGAUCAGAUCCCUUGACAUAUCAGAUAGAGAUAGUAUCGACGAGGUUCUAACAUUGAUGGAAGACUUCGGUGUCAGCCCUGAUGUAACUACGUUUAGCACGAUAAUGAAUGCCUGGUUUAGUGCGGGAUAUAUGGGCAAAUGCAAGGAAGUCUUUGAUGACAUGGUGAAAUACGGAAUCAAGCCCGGUGCCUUUGCAUACAACAUUCUCGUGAAGGUAUAUUUGCAUUCCUCCGAGCCAGAAAAGGCAGAGGGCGUCCUGGCUGACAUGGUUAAAUCCGGGAUUCAACCAAACGUUAUAAACUUCACGACUGUCAUUAGCGGUUGGUGCAGAGCUGGUAAUAUGGACAAUGCAAGGAAGAUUUUUGAGCAGAUGUGUGAAAGCGGGAUAUCUCCUACUUUGAAGACGUUUGAAACCCUAAUCUUGGGCUAUGCUCGAGCAAAGAUGCCUUGGAAGGCACGGGAAAUGGUUGAAAUCAUGAAACGGUUUGAUGUUCAGCCGGAGAGAAGCACACUUCUUCACAUCGAAAACGCUUGGCAUGCCCGAGGAGGAAGCAACGAGGCGAAUCAAAUGGCGAGCACGAUAGACAAAGACCGUGUGAAUGUGGAGACUCUAGAUAAAGUCUAUAAGAAGAAAGGUGCCCGCCAUCCCGGCUCCAAACUCUUACAAAUACCUAAUGUGGUUACAAAUGGUAAAAAGAGAGAUGUUUCGGGAUCAAAGAGAAACCAGAUGGUUCUAAGAGAAGCCGAGGUUUCAAAAUCCAAGAGUCCUCCCCGCGUUGCCACUACGUCUAUACAUCUCGGUUCUGGAUUUGGAAAGCGCGCUCCGUUUGUUUGCCAGAGGCAGUUCCAAGGGCAACAUUUCAUGUAUUGUCAAGUUGGACACUCAUGCACAGUUUUCUUCAACUGAAGGGGGAUGGUUAUUGAAUUUAUUCUGUUGUGAAUAAAGUUGUAGGUAAUGUUCAAUCUUUGUUUAAUUUAUUCUGUUGUGGAUAAAGUUGUAGGUUUUGUUCAAUCUUUGUUAAGUUCUGCUGGUCAUUUCACUAUUGUUACUCUGCACUAAUCAUUUUGUCCAUUUGUAUUUGGCUGCUGUGCAUCUACACAAAAUCAUUUCUGAUUAAUUUGUUGGAGUUGAUACUCAA